AUGAACACGACAAGAAGACGGCUUGCAGUGGCGGACCUGGCAGCAUUCAUGCGGACUUUUCGCGGAAGUGGGCGUUUGACGACACAGUUGGCACUUCGGGAUCCCCUAAAGGUGAUUGCAGCCCGGCACAUUGUCAAUGCAAAAGCAAUUCGUGAUAACCUGGAGGACAUUCGAGGACCUGAGCUCUCAUUCAAUCGUUACAAGCGCCGAAGUGAGAGGGUCGAGGGAGGCAGGCCUUGGCUUCCCACGUGA